GAGGCUGCCUGCUGCAUAUCUGUGUGUUGCAUUGUUCUCAGAUGGCUUUCUUGCACUCAAUAUAUGCCUGUGGAGGGACAGCAUGAUCUGCCUCAUAACUAUCUCAGAUUUCGUCCAUCCUGGGGUUUUUUCCACUUGAAGAAGGUAGAAUGGAUGAUGAAACCCCCACUAUCAAGCCCCGUCGGAUCCAGAACCAGAAUGUUAUCUACCGCCUGGAAAGGCGAAGGAUCACGUCUGGCAAAACGGGGACCCACUGGCACCAGGUCCGUGUGUUCCACCAAAACGUCUUCCCUAACUUCACUGUGGUCAACGUUGAAAAGCCUCCCUGCUUCUUACGCAAGUUCUCCCCCGAUGGAAGGUAUUUCAUUGCUUUCUCCUCGGAUCAGACUUCUUUGGAAAUCUAUGAAUACCAAGGAUGCCAGGCCGCCGAAGACCUCCUGCAGGGGUACGAUGGGGAGAUCUUGGCGAACGGCAAUGACCAGCGGUCCAUCAACAUCCGUAGGCGGCUCUUCGAGCGGUUCUUUGUCCUCCUCCACAUUACCAACGUGGCCUCCAACGGCGAGCACUUGAACCGCGAGUGCAGCUUGUUCACGGACGACUGUCGCUACGUCAUCGUCGGCUCUGCGGCCUACCUUCCCGAGGAGCCCCACCCUCCCUUUUUUGAAGUUUACCGCAACAGCGAAUCGGUGACCCCUAAUCCCAGGUCCCCUUUAGAAGAUUACUCUUUGCACAUCAUUGACCUUCACACAGGCAGGCUGUGUGACACCAGGACAUUCAAAUGUGACAAGGUCAUCUUGUCCCACAACCAAGGUCUCUACUUGUAUAAGAAUAUCCUGGCCAUUCUGUCUGUACAGCAGCAAACCAUCCAUGUUUUUCAGGUAACACCUGAGGGCACCUUCAUUGACGUACGGACUAUCGGUCGCUUCUGCUAUGAGGAUGACCUCCUCACGCUGUCAGCGGUUUAUCCGGAAGUCCAGCGGGAUUCUCAGACAGGCAUGGCGAACCCGUACAAAGAGCCGUUCAUCAAUUCUCUGAAACAUAGGUUGAUGGCCUACUUGUGGCGAAGGGCGGAGCAGGACGGAAGCACAAUAGCCAAAAGGAGGUUCUUUCAGUAUUACGACCAGCUGAGGCAGCUGCGGAUGUGGAAGAUGCAGCUUUUAGAUGAGAACCACCUCUUCAUCAAAUAUACCAGCGAGGACGUGGUCACGUUACGGGUGACAGACCCUUCACAGCCUUCAUUCUUCGUUGUGUACAACAUGGUGACUACCGAGGUGAUCGCCGUGUUUGAGAACACAUCGGACGAGCUGCUGGAACUCUUCGAGAACUUCUGUGACCUCUUCCGGAACGCCACCCUCCACAGCGAGGCAGUGCAGUUCCCUUGCUCCGCCUCCAGCAAUAACUUUGCCAGGCAGAUCCAACGCCGAUUUAAGGACACUAUUGUGAAUGCCAAGUACGGUGGGCACACCGAGGCUGUGCGGCGGCUGCUGGGUCAGCUCCCAAUUAGCGCCCAGUCAUACAGCGGCAGCCCUUACCUUGAUCUCUCCCUCUUCAGCUAUGACGACAAGUGGGUUUCAGUCAUGGAGCGCCCCAAGACGUGUGGCGACCAUCCAAUCAGGUUUUACGCUCGAGAUUCGGGCCUCCUGAAGUUUGAAAUCCAAGCGGGACUCCUGGGCCGGCCUAUCAAUCACACCGUCCGGCGCCUGGUGGCAUUCACCUUCCACCCUUUUGAGCCCUUUGCGAUCUCUGUGCAGCGGACUAACGCCGAAUACGUUGUGAACUUCCACAUGAGGCACAGCUGCACGUAGCCCAGCUUCCAGCUAGGGCAGCCUGCCUGUUAGCUACAUUCAUUUUGUCACGGACACACCAAAGCAAGAUGGUCAUGUUGAGGAGAGAGGAAGGACAUUGAUCUUCCCUCCUCCCCUAGGAAGGAGGCUUUGGUUCCUGCUGGUCAGCUAAGCACCGGCGAAUUCGGUCAUACUUUUUGCUGUGCCUAAAUCACAGCUUGUUCUUGCACUCCAUGGACCAGCCCAAUUACAUUUUAAAGUUCUCCAGAUGCAUUAAAUGGGGAGGGGUGGGGAGGUACGGCCUGCUGAGCAGAAUGCAACAGAAGAAGCCUUUCUGUUUUCCAAGAAGCCCAGUCUCUUAAUAUGAAGAAGAGCUGCCCUGGUCCUGUCAAGAAUAUUUCGCCAAGUUGAGGCGAAUUACCUUUCAAAAAGACAAAUUGUCUGUUUCUGGACUGACAUAAUGAUAUUGCAGCCUGAAUCUGUCUCACCCAUACGAGGUGGACGAUGGUGGGCUGUGCAGAACUCCGAGGGCUGCAAAGGUCUUUAGCCAGUGGCUGAAGACUCGAAGGCUGUGUGGCACAGUUGGGAACUGAUGCCCUUGAGGACCUUCAUGGGUAACCACUGUGUGGGCACGGCCCAGCCUUCUUAUAACUCCCUUAUUGGGCAAAAUUCACAUUCCCGUUUUUGGUAUCAUCAUCCAGAUUAAAGAGUUGGCAAAUUUGAGUCACUGAAGCCUGUA